AUGAAUGCAAUCUUCCAUGAUAUGAUUGGGAAAUUUAUGGAAGUGUAUAUUGACGAUGUGGUGGUGAAAUCAGCGACAAAGGCGAAACAUCUGGCAGACUUGAGGAGAUCAUUUGAGAGAAUGAGAGCCCAUGGUUUGAAGAUGAACCCACUUAAAUGCGCAUUUGGAGUGACAGCAGGGAACUCUCUAGGGUUCUUGGUGCAUUGGAGGGGUAUUGAGGUCGACAAGAAUAAAGCCAGGACGAUCAUCGAAGCUCAACCACUUCGUAAUAAGAAGGAGUUACAAAAACUGAUUGGUCAAAUCACAUACUUGGAAAGGUUUAUUUCAAACCGUGCUGGGAGGAUCCAUACUUUUUCUCCGCUUUUAAAGCUCAAAUCAGAGGAACACUUUCGAUGGGAAAAACAUCACCAACAUGUGUUUGAAUCAAUCAAGGAAUAUCUUGUUAAUCCUCCUAUCCUCAUGCCGCCAAGGAAGAAGCAGCCGUUGAAGUUAUAUAUUUCAGCUGCAGAUGAGUCAAUCAGAAUCAUAGUGAGGGAAAAAUUGUUGGCGGAGGUCUUUGCAAUCGAGGUGGAAGAGGAUAUAGAGGAGAAUGAUUGGAGAACACCAAUCGUUGAUUUUCUCAAAAAUCCAGACCCUAAGGUUGACAAGAAGCUAAAGAUCAAAUUUCUUAAGUUUGUGAUGAUCGAUGGAGACCUAUUUAGGAAAAGCAUCAAAGAUGACCUACUAUUAAGGUGUGCCAGCAAGAAAGAAGCCAUGAAAGUGAUGGGAGAGGCCCAUGAAGGGAUAUGUGGUGCUCACCAGGCUGGAAUAAAAAUGAAGUGGCUGAUUGGAAGGUAUGCUUAUUACUGGCUCGAGAUGCUUAAAGAUUGCAUCACAUAUGCCAAAGGAUGUCAAGCAUGUCAAAGGCAUGGGCCAAUCCAUAGAGCCCCGGCGAUUGAGUUACAGCCAAUCAUAAAACCAGGGCCUUUUAGAGGCUGGGUUAUGGAUUUGAUAAGGAAAGUUUAUCCACCUUCUUCUAAACAACAUUGUUUUAUCAUUGUGGUAACUGACUACUUUACAAAGUGGGUCGAAGCGGUGCCCAUGAAAUCGGUGCACCAGGAAGAUGUGAUUCGAUUUAUCAAACAACAUAUUAUUCAUAGAUUUGGGAUCCCAGAGUCAAAUCAUGACUGA